GUAUCUUAUGCUGCACUGUAUGUACACAGAUGGGUAUUCCGUAGGUGGACUGAAAUCUGUGUCAAAUCUAUUUAAAUAAUUGUCACAUGUAGAGAUCUACUUGCGGAGCAGAUCAAUGUCCCCACCAAGCAGACGUCCGUGCAGGCACCCCUUUCCGUGAAUAUCCGUCGAUUCCACUAGCAGCUGCAUUUACAUGGUAACAACUGCUCAGAAGUGUAACCCGAGCUUCCUUCGCCCUUCGUCCUUCGUCCCUCUUUCUCCUGUCCUUGUCAUCUCCCUCGUCGCCAUGAUGCCUAAUUUGGGUACUCGCAUGUGCGCUGCCAAGGCUGCCCCCGACUCUGACGUCCCCACCCCGCUCAUGGUGAGGAUAGUUGCCGCUAUCGGAAGUAUCGGGUGUCACCUGGAUGCCGUCGAGGCCACCAUCGCAACGACCCGCCCCGGCAUCGCUGGUCGCGUGGCUGCUGCUUCGCUUGCGCCACUUCAGGCUCUCCGCCCCGCUCCCGCCCGUCUCCCUCUGUUCUGGAACUCUGGCAACGUGGGCACGCGACACGCCACUCAUCCUCUUUUUCCACAGUCAAGGCUCUAGGGUCUUCGGUUACCCCUUACGACUUACCUCUCCUCAGUCUUCGGGGGACAUGGCGGUCACCAUCGGAUAGUUACCACCGGGUACGGUGUUUGGACACCUAACGACGUGACCGCCAGGUGGUUGUUAACGCCGAGCUUGUACAUCACGUUCUCUCACUCCACAUUCUGCAACAUCUCGUCUGAGGCAGCGAG